AUAUGUCGCGGUACUCGUGUUGCCCUUGACUUCGUCCAAUUUAAUAGUGUUUUUUAAGAAUUCAUUCAAUGUAUUAAUAAAUAAUUGCAUUAAUAUCAUUGAUAUUUGUCUAAAUUGUGUUUUAAAAGGUGUUGUGUGUUUAGUUUUCAUUGGCGCUGUCUAAAUUUUGCAUAGCGUCACCUGACCGAACUCAUUGUCAUUUCCCGCCAUUGUGAUUAUCGAAGGAACUAAAUUGAGGUUUUUCGGGAUUAAUUGAGAUAUUUAGAUGAAAAUUCGCUAAACUGUGUUAUCGCGGCUGAGUAAUGUCAUUACACGGUAAUGACGUUUGUUUGCUAGAAAUAGAAGACUACAACUUAUACGAAGAAGAAGCAUCGGAUCACGCUUUUGCCAGGAGUGAAAAGCAUUCAACUUCAGGAAGUAAGACAAUGGAGGCAGAGAAGAGAAUCCGCAGGGAGAUUGCCAACAGCAAUGAAAGGAGGCGCAUGCAGAGCAUAAAUGCUGGCUUCCAGGCUCUACGGACACUUCUACCCCGUCAUGAGGGGGAAAAGCUCAGCAAGGCAGCGAUACUACAGCAAACAGCAGAGUACAUCUACUCCUUGGAACAAGAAAAAACAAGGCUAUUGUCACAAAAUUGUCAAUUAAAGAGAUUGCUGAACCAGCAUGAGGGAGGCGAGAUACCAUUGAAGAAAAGAAAAAGUGAAAUUAUUUCUCAUGUGUCAUCUAUUAUUCCUGACUCAACUGAUGACACAAUCUCCAAAUCAAGGUCACCUGAACCAGUUGCUUAUAUCUCUGUAUCAACUGGUCCUCAAAAGAAAGAUAUUGAGAGUACUGAACUGAAAACUCAAUUAGAGCAGGAGAGACGUCUACGAAGAUUGCUGGAGGAGCGUUUGCACUCUUUGGAGACACAGAUUUACCCAGAAACGGGGAGAGACUUAACACACCCUGUUCAUUAUGAACAAACUGAUGUUUCUCUAUGUAAGCUGGAAGGUGAUGAGAUCGAAGCACCGGUAGUUGAGGCUCCUGUUGCACCUUUAUUGGAAGCAGCUAUUAAGGCGGAACCGAGAGUGGAGGUAGAAGUGUUGCCUGAUGCCACUCAUGAUGCAUCCUCGCGCUUGUACCUAGCUAGCACAAGUCGCCAGAACUUAGAGACGAUUGUAGAGGCUAUUCGUCACUUGGAAGGAGAUCAUUUAUUCCGGGAGGAGACGGGAGAUGCUCCGUUAGCGCUGACUAAGAAAGUGGAGCGAGCGCCGCCGCCCCCGCGACCUGGCGUCAUUGUCGUCAAGCACUCGUGAUUGCGCUAGUCGAACUGAUUUAUUCGGUCAAUAAGCACUCCCUGACCCUCCUCGAAUAUAGUUUUAAAAAAAAUUUUUAGUUGUUAAAUUGUAUUUUCCAAAGUGACGAAUCGAUAAGUCUGCGUUUUUUAUUUUUUUUUACACAUUGAUUGUAUGGAUACGUGAUUGUAAAGGAUGCAUUGUGGUUGACAGUCGGCACUGUGCUUAGUUUAGUCUCAAAUAUAAUGAAAAUGAUUUGAUUGUAAUUUGUAACCUGUUUGAUUUAGUGCGGGGCUUGCUGCAGUUUCUAUGACUUGUAAUGACUGACUUACAUAGGAUUAGGAUGAAGGAAUAAGUAAUUUGGAUGCCGCGUGCCAAUAUUAUUUCAUGAUAUUGUUAAAUGUGUAGUAGAUAAAGAAAUGUUAAGACUAGAAUUGUGUAUUUGGACAGUUUAGAUCAAUUAUUAGCUAUUGAAAAUAACCAGCAAAACAUUGAUCAUGGAAGCAAUAAGCAAAGCUGAAAUUGAUGAUUGUAACAGUAAAUUUGUAUUCUAGUUUAUUGUAAAACAAGAAUAGUUUAGGCAUGCGGCGAUUUAAGUUGUUUUCAACUUGCAAUUACUCAUUUGAAUGGUAUAUAAUAUGUUAAAUUAUGUUUCAUAGACAUUGUGUAUAGAGCUCACAAAGACUGC